UCAGUUGAUUAAGUGAAGUAAGACUGGCCAAACAACAAUAGAAACAGCAAUAGCUCUUCUAGUUCUGAAUCCUCUGAAUCAUGGUGGAAACAAUAGAGAUGUUAUCUUCACCAAUUAAACCAAAAGUUAGCCCAUGUACUAAGAGCUGGUGGUUCAAGAACAACACUAAAACUCUUGAUAAUGUCAUAUUUUCUGUGCAAAAUCUUGAUCUCCCCAAACAACCCAACAAAGCCACUGCUCCACAGGAGAAAUGUAAAGUUUUUGAUCACCCGAAAGUUGUUUCGGACCGGACUUCUUUGCUUUCUGACGAGAUUCUUCUUCAGAUUCUUUCAAGAUUGUCGCAAUCCGAAAGAAAUUCAGUUUCUCUUGUUUCGAAAAGGUGGCUGAAUCUUCUUGGCAGCUUGGUUAGGUCAGUGAAGCUUCUUGAUUGGGACUUUCUUUUAUCAGGUCGUGUAUUUACGAGGUUUCCAAAUCUUACUCAUGUUGAUUUGGUUAAUGCUUGUGUACUUUCACCUCAAAGUUCUUAUAUAUUGUUGACUAACCAAGUUGUGUCAUUUCAAAUUGAUUCCAAUGUAUACCAAAUUAAACCAAAUAUACCAUGUAUUGAUGACAAUGUUUUAUCUGUACAUGAGGUUGAGUUGGGGUUAAAGAUAUUAGCUAGCCGGUAUCCAAAUUUAGGCAAACUUGUAGUUGUUAAUGCUUGUGAAUUGGGGCUGUUGAGUGUUGCUGAGGGAUGUCCUGUAUUGCAAGAACUAGAAUUGCAUAUGUGUAACGACCAGGUUCUGCGUGCCAUAGCUGCUUUUCAGAAUUUACAGACACUGAAAUUGAUUGGAAAUGUUGUUGGUAUUUAUAAUUCACUGGUCUCCGAUUUGGGAUUGACUAUUUUAGCUCAAGGGUGCAAGUCAUUACUAAAGCUUGAGCUAGUAGGUUGUGGGGGGAGCUACGAGGGGAUGAAAGCUAUUGGACAGUGUUGUCUAAUGCUCGAAGAAUUGACUUUGAGUGAUCAUAGAUUUGAAGGUGCCUGGUUACCUGCUCUGGCUUACUACGACAGUUUAAAGACAUUAAGAGUUCUUUCGUGUAAAUGUAUUGAUCGUGGUCUUAGAGCGGAUGAGGUAUUGGAUCUUUGUCCUGCACUUGAGAGAUUACAUUUGGAGAGGUGCCAAUUAAGGGAUAAGCAGAGUGUUGGAGCUUUGUUUCUUGUGUGUAGAACUGUAAAAGAGGUUGUCAUUAAAAAUUGUUGGGGUCUGGAUGAUGAGAUUUUCAGCACAGCACAUAUAUGCAGGAGGGUCAGUUGCUUGUCUCUAGAAGGUUGCUCAAGGCUAACUACAAUAGGCUUGGAGGCUGUAAUUCAUUCAUGGAAGGAGCUACAAAGCAUCAAUGUGAUAUCAUGUAGCAAAGUGAAGGAUAGUGAAGUAACGCCUAUGCUUGCAACAUUAUUUUCUUCACUCAAGGAUUUCAAGUGGAGGCCUGAUUCCAAAUCCCUUGUGUCUGCAAACCGUGUUUCAACAGGAAUUGGUAAAAGAGGUAAAAGUUUUAGAAAGGCGCAAGACUGGAAGUUUCUAUCUGGUGCUUAGAUUUGGAGCUCCAUGGCUGUAAAAUAUGAUCCUUCAUCUUAUUAUUGUAACAUAGAUAUUCCCGAAACAAACUAAAUGAUAAAAUGUUCCUGUAUUUCUUUUA